AUGGAGUUGAAGGUCUGGGUCGAGGGUAUACAAAGGAUUGUUUGUGGAGUGACUGAGACUACCACUUGCCAGGAUGUAGUCUUUGCCCUUGCUCAUGCCACGGGAAAAGUGGGCAGAUUCACAUUAAUUGAGAGAUGGAGAAAUAAUGAAAGGCUUCUAGCUCCACAGGAAUAUCCACUUAAGAUUUGGCUUUUUACAAGGAGAUCUGAUAGUAGCGACAACCAAAAAACUUUACCACCUAAUAGCAAUUCUAAAUCACCUAUUGGAAAUAGCAGUCAGAAUAAUCAACCAAAUUCAAAUCUGCAAGAUAAACAAAACUCGCCAAAUAGAACAAAUUCAUCCGCCUUUAACAAUGUAAAUAAUACAUCACCUAGUAAUAUUGGUGUGGUGAAAGGUGUACAACAAAAUAAGACACCAGAGUCACACAGUCCUGUUAUGAAGGAUGUCCCACCUUAUAGGGACCCCCCACCACCAUACAGAUCGCCACCGCCACCGCAAGGGCUCCGUAAAUCGCCCAACCGCACACGGCCUCGCUCAAACCACUUGUCUCCGGAGACAGAUGAUGAAAGGAAUCCGGAAGCAGUCAGCUAUAAUACACAGUAUCGGGAACUGGUUUCGCUGGUCAAUUAUCAGAGGGAGAAGCUGUCGAGUCAACAGGUUGAUUUGAUUAAGUAUGAUGCAGAAAUAGGCUAUUGGGAGAACAAAGGUCGUGAGCAAGAAAGGCAGGUGGAAUUGUUGCAGCAACAAAUUAAUUCAGCUGAUAAUCAGCUCAGGAUUAGUACAGAACAGGUACAAGCAUUAAAUUAUGUGGAGGAAGAAAGUGAUAUUGUAAAACAAAAUGAGAAAACACUCAAAGCUGAGAUAGUGCUAGUUCGCUCCAAACUGGCCAAUUGUGAAACUGAAUUGUUGCAAUGUAAGAAUAAAAUAAGAAAGCUAAUGGAAGAUAUUCACAAUGAGCAGAGAAUUGUAAAUGGUCGUCACCAGGAAAAUAGACAAGCGUUGGAAAGGUCGAUGCUUGCAGAGAUGGAAAGCCUGCAGACUCAGAUACAGCAAGCGAAGCACGCCACUGAGAUCAAUCACCUCACUGCUGAGAAUUUGAAACGGGAGGUUUGUAUUCAUAUUAAGUUAUUGAUUAUUCUUACUUGUACAUAUUUAAGAGUAAAAAAAAUAAGAAUAAAAGCAGUGUUAGGUCCAAGUCGUUCGGUUCGAGACCAUGCGGGCAUGCAGGAUAUAAAUAAAUUUUUCAAUUUAUCUGCGCAUGUGUAUAACAUAACAUCUGCUCGAAACGGUAAAGGAGAACAUCGUGAGGAAACCGGCAUAUCCAAGAAUUUAAAGUUCGACGAUAUGUGCCAACCAGCAUUUGGCUAG